AUGGGUCAUUUCAAUGGAGCAGAGGCGCCCAUCCACCCCAUUGUCCAUCUCAUUGUCGACUUCCUGUCCCUGAACAAGAAGAUCUCCAACCGUGGGGAGUGGUACAAGCACCUUCCCAUUGGUGACCCGAAGAAGCUGCGAGAUGUCCGAGCCGAACUAUACGAGAAGCUACGUGUCGCCACAGACGCUGCUGUCCAACCAGGGGCUAGCGACCUCCCACUCCAUGACGCCUCACUCGAGGCCACUUGUGUGGUCGACUAUCUCAAACGCGUCACAGACAACAAUGGCAACAAGAUGCCCCAUGACUUGAUAUAUUCCAACAUGAUCGUCGUUACCGCCGCUGGCUUCACCACCACCUCGACCUUGCUCUCCUGGUGUCUGUACUCACUCGUCACCUACGAAGGCUGCCAAGAGAGGCUCUUGCAGGAGCUGAUCGACUAUGGUGUCACCGCAGACACCACAUGGACCCCCGAUCUCGCGAGCUCGAUGCCCUUCCUGAGUAACUUCAUCAGGGAAGUUCAGCGGGUGCACAACCCUUCCUUCCAGCCUGGCCGCACCACGAAACAAGACGUGGUUCUCCCGGGAGGAUACUGGCUUCCCAAGGACAGCAUUGUCAUCCCGGCCCUCUACAGCAUCCACAUGAACCCCAAGGUCUGGAACAACCCGGAGAAGUUCGAUCCUGACCGCUGGGACACGGAAGAAGUCAAGAACCGCCACCGCUGCGCCUACGUUCCCUUCGCCACAGGUCCGCGUGGCUGCAUCGGUUUCAACUUUGCUCUGCAGGAGACCAGAGUCUUCUUGUCAAUGCUUGCCCACCGCUACGAAUUUGUCAGACAGGGCAACGAUGCCAUCUAG